GCUUGGGGUGGAUUUAAAGAGGUGCUUUGGCCAAUUUGACUGUCUGUUUCAACCUGCCAAAGUCUGAGCAGUCAGGGGUCCACGCAGCUCUGGGAAUAUGGCACCGGUAAAGAAGGGAAUCUUGGAGCGUCUCAACGCUGGCGAGGUUGUGAUUGGCGAUGGUGGCUUCGUCUUUGCUCUGGAGAAGAGAGGCUACGUGAAGGCGGGUCCCUGGACCCCCGAGGCCGCCGCUGAGCACCCUGAAGCAGUGCGCCAGCUGCACAGAGAGUUUCUGAGGGCAGGGGCCAAUGUCAUGCAGACCUUUACCUUCUACGCCAGUGACGACAAGCUGGAGAACAGGGGCCAGAGCCUGAAGCUGACGGGCACCCAAAUAAACGAGGCCGCCUGCGAUCUGGCCCGCGAGGUUGCCAACGAGGGCGACGCUUUGGUGGCAGGAGGCGUGUCUCAGACGCCAUCCUACCUGAGCUGCAAGAGUGAGACCGAAGUGAAGGCCAUCUUCAAAAGGCAACUGGACGUGUUCAUCAAGAAGAACGUGGACUUUCUGAUUGCUGAGUACUUUGAGCACGUUGAGGAGGCUGUGUGGGCCGUGGAGGUGCUGAAGGGUACAGGAAAGCCUGUGGCUGCUUCUUUGUGCAUCGGACCAGAGGGCGACAUGCACGGUGUCUCGGCUGGAGAGUGCGCUGUCAGGCUGGUCAAAGCUGGUGCCCAGAUCGUGGGUGUCAACUGCCACUUUGACCCUCUGACCUGUGUGAAGGCUGUCAAGAUGAUGAAGGAGGCCGUGGAUAAGGCCGGUCUGAAGGCUCACUACAUGGUGCAGCCCCUGGCCUUCCACACCCCAGACUGCAACUGCCAGGGAUUCAUCGACCUGCCGGAAUUCCCCUUCGGUCUGGAGCCCAGGAUCCUGACCCGCUGGGACAUGCACCAGUACGCCAGGGAGGCCUACAAUGCUGGCAUCCGCUUCAUUGGCGGCUGCUGCGGAUUUGAGCCAUACCACAUCAGGGCUGUGGCAGAGGAACUGGCAGUGGAGAGGGGAAUGUUGCCCCCUGGUUCGCAGAAACAUGGCAUGUGGGGCGCUGGUCUGGAGAUGCACACAAAACCCUGGGUCAGAGCAAGAGCCCGCCGUGACUACUGGGAGAACCUGAAGCCAGCUUCUGGUCGUCCACAGUGUCCCUCCAUGUCCUCCCCAGAUGGCUGGGGUAUCACCAAAGGCCACUCUGCGCUCAUGCAGCAGAAAGAAGCCACCUCUCAGCAGCAACUCAAGGAGCUGUUUGAGCGCUCAAAGAGCCAUUGAGUCAACUAAUCGCCCCACCUUUACCUCAGACCUGACAGAUUCUUGUAAACAGCCGUGGACUACCACACAUGCACUAAACUGUGCAAACGUCUCCGCCCUGUUGACCUCUCAGGGGCCCUGACCCUCACUCAAAAAUGGCAUUGUUGCAUGUGUUGAUUGUAAGCUGCUGUAUGAAGCCACACUGGCACUCAGGUUUGGAGCCGGUCCCUAUAGAAGAUCGGGACCCUUUAUUUUCAAUAACACAGGACCAGUUUGUAAAAUAAAAUGAGACCUAAGGAAA